AUGGCGCCCGUUGUUACGGGGAAGUUUGGUGAGCGAUCUCAGCCUCAGCGUUUAACAAGGGAGGCUAUGAGGACUUACUUGAAGGAAAAGGACGAUCAAACCGUGCUCAUACUGCACGCCAAGGUUGCGCAAAAGUCUUACGGCAACGAAAAACGGUUUUUCUGUCCUCCGCCGUGUGUGUACCUGAUGGGCACCGGCUGGCAGAAGAAGUUAGAGAAAAUGGAGAAGGAGGGUUGCACAGAGCAGGAAGCCCAGGCCUGCGCGUUCAUCGGUAUCGGCAACAGUGAGCAGGAGAUGCAGCAGCUGCACCUGGAAGGAAAGCACUUCUGCACGGCGAAGACGCUCUACAUCAGCGACUCGGACAAAAGGAAGCACUUCAUGCUGACCGUCAAGAUGCUGUACGGAAACAGCUCCAACAUCGGCGUCUUCCUCAGCAAGAGGAUCAAAGUCAUCUCCAAACCCUCCAAGAAGAAGCAGUCGCUGAAAAACGCAGAUUUGUGCAUAGCGUCUGGGACGAAGGUGGCCCUGUUCAACCGCCUGCGCUCUCAAACGGUCAGCACCAGGUACCUGCAUGUGGAGGGGGGGAACUUUCAUGCCAGCUCCCAACAGUGGGGCGCCUUCUUCAUCCACCUCUUGGACGACGAGGAGUCCGAAGGGGAGGAGUUUGCCGUCAGAGACGGCUACAUCCACUACGGCCAGACGGUGAAGCUGGUCUGCUCGGUCACCGGCAUGGCUCUGCCCAGACUGGUCAUCCGUAAAGUGGACAAGCAGGCAGCUUUAAUGGACGCGGACGACCCCGUGUCCCAGCUUCACAAGUGCGCCUUCUACCUGAAAGACACGGACAGGAUGUACCUCUGUCUGUCGCAGGAGAGGAUCAUCCAGUUUCAGGCAACACCGUGCUCCAAAGAGACCAACAGGGAGAUCAUCAACGACGGAGCUUCCUGGACCAUCAUCAGCACCGACAAGGCGGAGUACACCUUUUUCGAGGGGAUGGGCCCCGUCCCCACACCGGUCACCCCCGUCCCCGUGGUGGAAAGCCUGCAGUUAAACGGGGGAGGAGAUGUGGCCAUGUUGGAGCUGACGGGACACAACUUCACCCCAAACCUCAGAGUGUGGUUCGGAGAUGUGGAAGCAGACACCAUGUAUAGGUGUGGGGAGAGCAUCCUGUGCGUGGUGCCGGACAUCUCGGCCUUCCGGGAAGGCUGGCGCUGGGUGAGGCAGCCGGUUCAGGUCCCCGUCACGCUGGUGCGGAACGACGGAAUCAUCUACGCCACCGCCCUCACCUUCACCUACACCCCCGAGCCGGGGCCCCGCCCUCACUGCAGCGCGGCGGGCGCCAUCCUGCGCUCGCACAGCACCGCCUCCUCGUCCCCGUCGUCCUCGCCCUCCUCCCUGCUGGGCGGCCUCGCCGACGGCCACGGCGCCUUCGGCGGCGAUCCGGUGUCGGCGCUGACAUAG